GACGUCGGCUCCUCAUCCUGAGCCGGGGAUCGCACUGAGCUUCCCGCUGAUCUAGCGUCACUUCUCUAACAAAAGCGAGUUUAGUGAGAACAUCGACCACAGCCAUGUCUGGGACGGGGCCCAACAAGUACCAGGAGUGGAUCCUGGAGACAAUAGACUCGCUUCGCUCGAGAAAAGCCCGUCCGGAUUUAGAGAGGAUUUGCCGAAUGGUUCGGAGACGGCACGGGUCAGACCCAGACCAAACCAGGGCAGAACUGGAGAAACUCAUCCAAUCACAGACUGUGCUUAAAGUUAGCUACAAAGGAUCCAUUUCGUAUCGGAACGCGGCGAAAGUCCUGAGAAAAAGCAGGAAAAGGAGUGAGUUUGCAGCGUCUGUUGAUGAGAGUGCACAACCGGAGCAUCUGAACCACAGCGGCGACAGCGCGCAAAGCUUCCCUGAUCCGGGCCAGAAGGAAGCGCCCGUCGGCCCUAGUGAACCUGAGAUCCCGUUGAAUUCCGUCUGUGACAGUGCAACACCACGGUGCGCCGCUCAUUUAGAAGAUCAGGGAACAAGUGUGACCAACACGAGCUACUGCCAGCAGGAUGAGUGCAGACAACCGUCCCGUGAGGGACACACUACGUGCACGCACAGCACCAGCUCAACGCCCUGUGGAGAAGAUGACUCCAGUGGUGUCAAUUGCCCCAACAAUAAAACUUGUAAUCUCCCCUUACAAAGACAUACUCUGUCCACCAAGCCUAAACUUCGUGCUGCCAGCGGCGCACCGAGCGAGGGAACUGUGGCCUCUAUCCGCAGUCUGUCGGUGGGUAACGCUGGCCACAUGAAGGCGCUCGGAGUCAAAGACGUGCUUAGCUACCUGAGCUGCCAGGAGCACCUCUCGUGUGAGGAAAAGCUCACUGGAGGCAAAGUCAAUGUGGUCGUGGAGCGGGGCCGGCUGCGCUGGAUGCGCUGCGGAGAAAUCUCUCUCCCUUUGGGUGCAGCGCUCGAGGCGAGCGUUGGAGGGAAGCAGAAGAAUGAUCCUACACAAACUACAGGUGAGGAGGAGAGGGGGCUGGAUCCUCACGAGGAGCAAAUGGAGGAGGACAUUUCACAAAGUUGUAAAGAGUGUUCAAGUUCUCCUGUAGUCAUGACAAAAACAACAGAAGCUGAGGAUGCUGAGGUCCAGACCACAUCACAGCAGCACUUGAUCAAAGGCAAGCCUUUUCCAGAUUCUUAUCUCCUUACACCCAACGCCUCCCCCACAGACUCGGGUUUGGAUGAACCGGGAUUAAGUGUAGAGUCCCUGAACCCCAUAGAUUGGAGCAUGUCGGAUGUGGUCAGUUAUUUCACUGCAGCAGGGUUCCCAGAGCAGGCUGCUGCAUUUAGGACACAGGAAAUAGAUGGGAAAUCCCUACUCCUCAUGCAGCGCAGUGAUGUUUUGACUGGCCUCUCGAUCAAACUGGGUCCAGCUCUCAAGAUUUACGAGCACCAUGUUAAAGCUCUGCAGAAAAUACACUUUGAGGUGGAGGAGCUCUGAAGCAUGAGCACACGGGUCCUCCAUUACCCCUGUAUGAAAUGAAAACUGACUCAAUAAAUGGGACUUCAAGGGU